GACGUCUAUAAUUUACUUUAAUUAUAAUCUGCCGUGGUUCCCCUUCUUUAGAGAAUAAAAUAUUUCCUCACCCGCGUCCACACUAUUUAAGAAAUAUCAAAAUGCGGGCUACAAGCAGAUUACUUCAGGCUUGUAGAAUCACACUUUUCACGCGCGAAAACUGCGGACUCUGUACCGAAGCUAGAUCGGUUCUCUCCGAUGUCUGGGAGUCCCGAUCAUUCCAAUUCAAAGAAAUCGAUAUCAUAAAAGAUGAUUCAAAGCCUCGGUGGCGAGAUCUAUAUGAGUUUGACGUCCCUGUGAUACACAUCAACAAGUCCUCUGCUCCGGAGGAACAUCCUCAAUCGGCCUCGAAAGCGAUUAAGCUAAUGCAUCGAUUUACACCUGACCAAGUCCAAGCUAAAAUGGAUGUCGUCGAGAAAGCUUGAGGCAUCUAGGUGUGCUUGGUCGUGCAAAGCGACUAAAUUAUCGGCUUAGAUCCGAAAUCUUAAAGAUGUUUCUUACUAAGCUAUCGGGUCAGAUCCGAUAUCCAUGGAUUUCACAGCAUUGCUGAAUC